CACAAAAAGAGAGAGAGAGAGAAAGGGGGAGGGCACUAGAGGCCUCUUCGUUCGCGGGUAGAGACGCUUCGCACAAUCUGAGUCGAAGAGGCGCUUGUGGUCGGUUUCAGAGGAAGUUUCUUGAUAAACCCCAGAGAAGCACAACUCUUUUGAAGUCAAGUAAUCUCUUAUUCCAAGCGUGUCCUUUGCUUGAAAACGUCCAUUACAGAUUGACACCCCUGGUUAAUUUGUCACUCCAUAAUGGGCAAGAAGACUUCACGGCGUGUGGAGGAAGAAGCCUCCUCUGAAGAAGAGGAGUAUGUAGUAGAGAAGGUCUUGGACAGGCGUGUUGUGAAGGGACGUGUUGAGUACUUCCUCAAGUGGAAGGGAUUCUCUGACAAACAUAACACUUGGGAACCAGAAAAGAACCUGGAUUGUCCGGAACUAAUCUCUGAAUUCAUGAAGACAUACAAAAAGAAGGAGAAUACUACCACCACCUCCACCACCACCACUACCACCACCACUACCACUAGUGGGGGAAAUGCCAGUAGCACUGGUGGACGCUCACGGGAUAGUAGCAGCGGCGGCGGUGGCAAAAGGAAAAACUGUGAGGAUGACGAUGAGAGCAAAGCCAAACGAAAGAAGGACGAUGACAUCUUAAUUGCAAGAGGAUUUGAAAGGGGGCUUGAACCGGAGAAAAUUAUCGGAGCCACGGACUCCUGUGGAGACUUGAUGUUCCUUAUGAAAUGGAAGGAUUCCGAUGAAGCUGACUUGGUUCUGGCAAAAGAGGCCAACGUGAAAUGUCCGCAGAUUGUCAUUGCAUUCUAUGAGGAGCGGCUGACAUGGCACGAGGAUGGAAAUAAGAAAGACAAAGGGGCAGCUCUGUGAACACCUGAACUUGACAACUGAGGAGGGGAGAUGGGGGGGUGGGGGAGGGUUGCAGUCAGGAAGAGAGGGCUGAUGGACACAAAGCUGUCAGUCGUCUUGAAGCAACUUUUACAAACAUGCUGCCCACAUGAAAUGUGUGGAACAUGCCAUCCCACCCACCACCAUCCCCAACCCCCCUCUGCAAACCCCCAAGCACUUGGGGCCUUCUCUCUUUUUCUUUUCUGUGUUUUAUUUCCUGAUCAACCACAGGAAGAACUGGACACUCACCAGCGAUGCAAUCACUUUUCCCAUGACUUGGGCCCAAGGGGACAUGAUGAUCCACCCAUUUCUCCAAGGCAUUCCCUUCUUUGUGUUCAGCACUGCCUAUUUUGGUGACUGCUACUCUACUGCCACCUCCACCAAAAAUGUAACAGCCACCCUGUCCGGCAGCAUUCAGAUCAGGUCUCUUGGUUUGGGAGAACUUUGUUUUCUGUUUGCUGCGUUUUUUAUUUUAGCUUUGAACGUCAUUUUUGAUGCCACCUACAUUUGCUGCAUUAUCUUCAAUUAGGAAUGGAGGGAAGAAAAAUCUGCCCAAAUAAAGCCACGGAAAGCUCAAAGUAAAUUUGGAAAAUGGGUACCCUUAACUUACCCGUUUGUUUAUAUUAAAAAAAAAAAUAAAAAAAAAAUGUUGUGGUGGGGCAAGAUGCCCUGUUUUUCAGAUUAAGGUAUAGUUUUUGCUUACAGUAAAUUCAGAGAAAUGGUGGUAUUGGAAGGAGUUGAGCUCUGUUACAGCGUUUCACAGGUCAGUUUGUUUUUGUAAUUUGGUCAAAGCGAAGGCUUCACACUUUAAGUGUGUGGACAUCUGCUGGACAUCUUAACUUUGCUGUAUCUAGCAGUGAGUUGGCCAAAGUUGAUAAACCAGGUUUCGUUUCUGUUGGUUUGGUUCUCUUUAGUUGCAACAACUUCUUUUUUUUUUUUUUUUAAUUUUUUUUAAGACUGAGAGUAAAGAAUAUAAUAAGUUUGACCAUGAGGGGAGUGAUUUCUCAAAAGUCGACAGAUAUUUGGGCAGUGUGACUUAGUUACAUGUCUCCACUGGAUUUACAGACACCCACUAUGCGAAGAAGUGGUUGAAUGUGCAUCCUGUCAUGUAACACUGUGGGCUCUGAAGUGCAUGCUGAGCUGGAAAAAAAAAAAAAUAAAAACCCUGCCAAAUUUUCUUGGCAAAGUCUAAUAGUAGAGGAAAUUUACACUUCUCUGAGACGGUAACAAACAACAUCACUGUUUGCAUACGUUGGGAGUAGGAAUGAUCCCAGAGUGCCGAUCAAUUCCGUCCUUUGUAGUUUUUUUUUUUCAAAUCUACUGACUGAGUCGAAAUGAUGGGGAAUAAUAUAUAAUGAUUGCUGCUUUCACAUCUUUUAUAUUUUAAAAAUAAAAGAAUAAAAGUUUCAGAAAAUGGGUUGGUGGUAUUGUGAGGUGAGCGGAGAGAAGAACCAUGUCAUGCGUAUCUACUGAUCACUUUACUAGGGUUUGGAACAUUCCUUACUACUUCAGUGUAGGAUUCAUUGUUUAGUGCUGUUCACCUUCAGCCAUGUUUUAGUUUUGGAGCUUUUAGUAAGAGUUUUGUUACCUGAACUUUCAGCAUACAGGAAGCGUUUAUUUUUUGAGUGAAAAUGGCGUUGUCCGUAACUUGGAGAAAUGAGACUAUACAGUGUGUUUGGUUAAUUUCGGAGUCCUCAUGGUUAUCAGGAGUGUACAUAGUUAAAGCAGAAAUGUUUGUGUGAACUUCUCCAAGUGUAUAAUAGGGAUAAAUAACCUUUACUAGAGGGAAGCAAUAUACUGUGAUUGGAGUGGCGGUGGAUUGGACAGAUUCUGUAGCUGGGGAUGCCCAAUACCAGAAACACUUCCAGCAGGUACCUAAAAUAAGUGUUGAUGCUGGUGUUUUUGUUUUAGGCCAUGUAAUUAUUGGAGGCCACAUUUUAGCACUGUCCUGUUAAAAGCAGACUGCUGCCACAGCCAUUCUUCCCGUGUUUUUGGGUUCUCUUUUUGUACCCAAGGAAACAACGUGACUGUUUGCUUUUGUUAAACUUGUUACAGUUGCUUGUUCAAUUAACCAUUCUUUACAGAAUAUUUUAUUUCAACAUUUCCUUGCCAUAUUUCUCAAGUGUUGAGGCAUGUCCAUCGCCCCCUUUUUUUUUAAAUCCGAUAUGAGUAACAUACAUUGUAAUUGAAAGAGAUGUAUUAGAGAUUGGGCAUUUUUUUCUUUUCUACUCACUGUUACACUCCAUACUUGCUGUUUUCUCCACACCCCCCCUUUUUUGAGUUCCUUGUGUAAAAUUUCAUCACCAAUGCACAGUUUAUCAAUGAGGAAAGAGAGAAAUCUACUCGUACCUCCAGACUGCUGUUGACCUACUGUUAUGUGCUGUACUGGCAGAUAUUGCCCUGAAGAGUGAAUGCAACUUCAAAAAAGUUUUAUUUUAAUGCUGAAUUUCUUAAAUCAAGACAAUUGAAUUCUAUAUAAGCGUCAGGGUGUUGAGCUGGCUUCUGCGUGGCCAAGCGUACCCAGCGAAACAGGGUUUUAGAAACUUUUGAUGUUGAUUAGUGAUCAAUGUGCAUUUAGCUGUCUGUGACUUAAGUAUUUUUUCCCCCCUUCUAUUCUUUUUGUUUUAUCCUCUUUACUACCCAAUUCCCUUUUUCCAAAUGCGAUCACCUUCUUGACUUUAAGUCUUAAGUAUUUGAACGUUUUAAAAUAUGAUGAGCAGUGUUUUGUGUAUAAACAAAAAAUUUUUAAAUCAUGCCAUUGGAAGUGUUCAUGUUUUAAGAGGCUAAAGGAAAAUAACUGAAGAGAACCUGCUCUGCACUUUUUAUUUUAUAUGUUCUUGUAUCAAAUCUAGUAAAGUUAGUUUUCAACAUUC